AUGCGGCAAGGUGGAACUAUCUUGACAGUCAAUGGAUCCCAGGUAGCAUUCAUACAUACCCUCUUCGCCCUGGGGGCUUUCGGUACCGCGUUGGCUCUUGGGUGCUACCUACACUACCAGAAAAUUGUCAAAAAUGAGUGGUAUUCGUACCCUCAAGAGUGGUUUCCCUCAGUUAGUGCCACGAUAGGCGAUUACUACCCAGAAAGACCGAUCUUUCAAAUCUUGAUUGCAUUCAACUCAGGACCUCGACUUCUUCUGGUUUACCUAACUUAUGCUUUUCAAACCCAUUUUUCUGGCAAAACCUCGACCACCGCUAGCAAAUUCGUGGCUCUUUGUGGUUUUCUGCGCACAGUUUCUUGUGGGGGAUGGGUUUACAUCACAAGUAGUGACGACCACUUCUGGCACGAUGUGAUGAUGAUCUCCUAUAUUAUUCUCACUAUCCCCUGGCAACUCGGCAAUGUCGUCCUUUCGCCCGACGGAGUAUUACGAACCGGUAACAAGUAUCGCAGGAGGUUCAGCGGCCUAUUCUUCCUCAGCAUAAUCCCAUUGGUGUACUUUUUCCUGCAGCACAAAGUAAAGCGGGUCCCAGGUGCUUACACAUACUAUGCAUUCAUCGAAUGGAGUUUGAUUUUAUAUGACGUCCUUUACGAUUCUAGCACGAUUAUCGACUUUGUUCAUUUUGAUUUUGUCGUGACUGCUUCACCAAAGAGCAAAGCUGAUAUUGCAAGGAACCUGCUUGGCAGUGAACGCACUCUUUCGCAGGGGACCACUAAUUCAAAUCCGCCAGAAAAGCUACGCAAGAUGUAUGUCGAUUGA